UUUCAGAACUAUAUACACACAAAAAUGAGAAAAUUUCCGUGUCUGACAGAUUGAUGUUGGCUUUGGAAGAACUCGAUUUCAAUCAAUUGUGUUUUGAACCAAUAGAAUGAUGAAGGAUUCCCCUUACACCUGCCCACUAUUUCCAUGUCACUUAGGUGGGCAAAUAAUUCAACAGACCUUAUGCCUACGGCCUGGCGGUUACCCUGGUUUCAGCGGCGUAUUCGAGAAGAAUUAAUUUUAAUCUUGAAUUGUUGAUUUUUAGCUUUGAAUAAGCAAGGAGCGAGUACGAGCAAAGCCACUCGUUUCAAGUAGUUUCUGAUCCCAAGCGGAAUUUAAUUUUUGGACAAUGACUCAACAGGUGAAAAUGGCUUCUGAUAUCGACUCGUUCGAAGAACUGCUUCGAAAAUGUCCAGAUAUCCAUGCUCGAUUCAACUUCACAGCACUAAGAGAACUCAAUAACUCCGAUACAGUGUUACACUCUCUUUCGGGUAAUUAUUCCCUUUGUUUGAAGCUUUUGGACGAGGCAAAUACCAGCCUGCCGAAGGCAAAGACGACGUGUCUACCUGUUCUCAUUACGUACUUUGUACUAGUUGCAGUAUUCGGUUUGAUUGUCAACUUGUGUGUAAUUGGUACAAUUUGCCGCGUUCGUAGACUGUGGACGAUUACAAACGCAUUUGUCUUAUCUCUGGCUAUGGCCGACUUCUUCAUGGCCAGUGUCCUUGUUCCGUUGAACAUCUGGUGCCAGUAUUACCCCGGUCAAAACGCCUCCACAGCUAAGGACACGUUGUUUCCGUUAGUAGGCGCUGCGUCACUUCUCAACCUGGCCGGCGUUACGCUGGAACGCUUCAUGUCCAUUUCAUACCCGUUUAGGUACGACGCUUUCCUGAAUCGUUUUCGCGCCACAGUCAUCAUUGCUACCAUAUGGCUGGUAUCGAUAUUCCAGGCCCUCCUCAUCUUUGCUUUUAAAGACGAAAAUGGUAGAACUCCAAAACUUUACGAAGUCCUGCGAUUCGCCCUGGUGUUUGGUCUACCAUGUUUGUGUAUCUUGCUGGUAAACAUAAAAAUUUACUACGUAGCACGGCAGCAUGCGAGACAAAUCAAUGCAUCGAACCCAAACGGGCAAAGCGGCACAAGAAGCUCGAACCGAUCGUUCAUAAAAAAGCUCAAGACAGUUAAAAUCAUUGCUCUACUUGUCGGUACGUUCAUGGUGACUUGGUUGCCCUACUUUUGUUUGUCGAUAUAUGAGCUUCACACAGCUGUCGAGAAAAAAACAAGCGGCUUGGCGCUGGCUUUGCAGGUAGCAGAAGCGUUAGCGUGCGGAACUGCCCUGUUCAACCCGUUACUUUAUGGACUGCUACGGAAAGACGUGCGCGAGGCGAUAUUGAAAGGACUCAAGUGUGAAAAUGUGAAUCAGACUGAACUCCAAAGUUUUUCUUACAGCCUUCGUGCGGAGCAAACACGGUAAGAUCAGGAAAAUGCGAAAAUAUCCACAAACAUGGAACUCUUAGUUGGGUCGUGAAAAUUUGAAGGAAUACAAAUUUCAAAGAGUAUCACAACCCCCUUAAACUUAUCCGAGUGUGACCUUUUCGUAAAUUGUGUGGCUUAAAAAAGUCGAUAAAAGAAAGCAAUCAAAAUUGGUUUGCACUAAGACAGUUAGGAAAAUUGGUCGGUUCCGACUUGUAUUUAACCAAUUAUUAGAACUAAAACGUUUACUACCAAAAUUUUGAACGAGAAACCUGCAACGAAUUAGUGCAACUUUAACAUUUUGUGUGCUGAUAAUUUUUCGGUUUAGCCUUUAAGCGGAUAAUCCCAUCCAGCGUAUGCAGAUUUCUGUUUGCUCGUUGCUAAAAAUUUUCUAUAAAAGCAGCAAAAGAUCUCCUUUGUUGCUGAGUAAAUUACCAAUACAAUAAUGAAAUCUCUAGAUCGCUGGCUCCAAACAUUUGUUAAUCGAUCGACAGAAAUGCGUCGAAUUACGUCCAUCGAUAAAAUAUCUUAGGCUUAACUGAGUUUUGUUAAGAAAAAUAAAUGUCAGUUUCAAUAUUGUGAUAUGUUUAACUGCCGGACUUUUCAUUGCAUCACAUGCCAGAGGAAAAAAAAAACAUUUCUUUUUUUAUUCAAGAUCACUGAUAGAUAAAACAUUUGUAGGUUUGAUGUAAAAUCUACUUAACGAUGCAAAAUGAUAAAUUAAGGUAGAUUAAGGCUUGUAAAUAAGUGAAUCAUGUUAUGCCGUGGGACUUAUCUGUGAUGUAAUUAAUA